UCUGGCUCCCAAGCCCGCCUUGACACCGGAGGCCUUGCCAAGACCGUGGCCUCCCACUACAACAACAUAGAGGAGCGUGGCGCUCAAUUCCGCAAAGAGAGCCCUAUCUACUACAUGCGGAAUCUCAACAACUGGAUCAAAAGCCAGUUGAUCAACCAGUACACACGCAAGAUUGAGAUCAAGAAGCGCGAGAAAGGCGAAUCGCCGGGGAUCACCGUUCUCGAUUUGGGCUGUGGCAAAGGAGGCGAUUUGCUCAAGUGGCAAAAGGCCAGAGUGGAUCACGUGGUAUGCUGUGACAUUGCCGGAUUAUCCGUGGAACAAUGCCAAGAUCGAUAUGAUCAGAACAGACGCAGAAACCGGCAUAUUUACUCGGCCGAGUUCCAUACAGCGGAUUGUACGCGGGAUCGUCUGAUUGAUGUCUAUGAGGAUCCGGACACGUAUUUUGAUUUGGUCAGUUGUCAAUUCGCAUUCCAUUAUUGCUUUGAAAGUCUACCCCAAGCGGAACGCAUGCUUCAAAAUGCGGCUGAACGGCUUAAGAAGGGCGGUUUUUUCAUUGGCACCACCCCGGAUGCCAAUGACAUUGUCAAUCGAGCCCGGGAAUUCGGCCAGAGGGUCAAGGGCGAUGAUGGGGAUGAGGUCAUUCGCUUUGGGAACGAUAUCUUUUCUAUCGCCGUGCCCAUGAAGUGGAUGGAACCAUCGCAUCAGAUUCCAAUUUUCGGAGCCAAAUACGAUUUCCAUCUAGAAGGCGUGGUCGACUGUCCCGAGUUCCUAGUCCACUUUCCCACUUUGACCAAAUUGGCCGAGAAAUAUGGCUUGAUUUUGGUGGCCAAACGCAGGUUCGCCAACUAUUUCCAAGAGUGCCAAAAGACGGACAUGGAGGGAGAGCGUCUUUUGUGCAAGAUGAAGGCCUUGGAAUCGUUUCCGGGUCAUGAAGAGUUCUCCGAGGAGAAGAAGAGUAACUACCAACAUGCCGUUGACGCCUGUCGAAAGCUCAAGGAAGAACAGAACGAAUCGCGAUCUCCCAUCAUUGGGACGCUCUCUCGAAUGGAAUGGGAGGCAGCCUCUAUCUAUGUCAUUUUUGCUUUCAUGAAGAUUUAGAUCUCACGUAUUAAACACUCUAUCUAAU